AUGGUCAGCCCGAGUUGCUACUCCGACGGAAGACGAUAUAGCCGCCUGGAGCCACCUUACGUCUACUCUGACCGCCAGCAACGAUACUCGAGCACCUCCGAAGCGCGAACAUCGACCAUGACUGAACGAGAGCCCGAGACCGACACCCCGCCCCGCAAGCGCAUUGCUGUUGCUUGCGGCCGGUGCCGGAAGCGCAAGAUUCGCUGCAGCGGAGACGCCGGCAACGGAAUGCCCUGCCAGAAUUGCAAGGCCGCGGGUAUCGACGCCUGCCACUUCCUCCGUGUCGCCUCUCAAGAAGCCCCCUGGGUCCAACCUUCAGACCCGAGCUUCUCCUACGAGCUUAAGGCCGCACGAGCGUACCAGGCCGUCGGAGGCCACGCCCUCGCCGCCUCCCCGACGCACUACGCCUCCGAGAUGCACGACGGCCUCCCCCGCGCUCCGCAGCAUGGCGGCUACCCCACGAGCACCGCGGGAUACUCCUCCUAUGGCACCACUGGCAAGUACUACUCCUCCAUGCCCGCGAGCUGGACGAGCCCGGCCGCGUACCCCGCCGACGACGGCACCGGCGUCGACUACAGCGCCAUGGGAUAUCCGUCCUACCCGUACCACAGCCAGGACGCCUCCUACCUCUACCGCAUGACCGCCGCCAAAGCCCCCUCAAACGCGGAUCUCUACGUCAACACAGACGGCACGGGCUACGGCUACAGUUCCUCCGGCGCGGCCCUCGUCCACCGCCCCGCCGCAGCAGGAGGCGUCUCCCCGGCCGACGCGCCCAACUUCUCCCUCUCCAACGUCGCCGCCUCCCUCCCUCACACCUCCAGCGGCGGCGACCGUCUGCUCCCGAACCCCUCGCGUCUGCCCACCGCCAACGUCCUCGCCUACCGCCCCGACGGCUCCGCGGCCUCCUCCUACGCGACGUCGACAAAAUCCACCGGCAGCGGCUCCUCCAACAACCCUUCCCCGACCAGCGCCGUCUCCGAGGUCACCACGAGCUACGACGCCUCUCCGGUCUCCGCCUAUCCGCCCGCGCCGCACACCCUCCCGUCCAUGACACACCUCCACCACCACCACCAGCAACAGCACCGUCUCUCCAACGCCACCGCCGCCGACAUGGCCGGCUACCCCUCCUCCACAAGCAGCGCCGACUCCAUCUUCACCCCGUCCGAGACCUCCCUGCGCACUCACGGCUCCGCCUCCGAGCUGAGCUACAAGUACUCCGACGCCUCCUCCACAGGCUCCUCCGGCCGGCGCGGCAGCGGCGAGACGUCCGCCUCCUCGGGCUCAUCCGGCGGCGGCGGCGGCUCGCUUGCCAACGGGCAGACGUACACCGUUCCGACGCCCGGCUCCGCGAUGUACGCCACUCCCAUGGGCCACUCGCGCCACCACGUCAGCGCCUACGCGCUCCUCUCGGACGACGUCGAGGGGCAGCAGCAGCACCCGCACUAUGGACACCGCGAGCACCACCACCAGCAUCAGCAGCAGCACCCCUCGGGACGCCGGUCCGCCGGCAGCCUGUCUGCUUCCUGA